UUUAAUCCACAUUAAGAAUUAAAGCGAUUGAACAGAAAUGGAACUGUACAAUACGCCGAAAAUAUGAGUCGAGAUUACAUUUACCCUUCCGGUGCAACUUUCUUUUUCCGGUCGGCCAUCGAGAUUGGUCGUUACAUCUAAGGAUGAAGCUGAACAUAGCUUAUCCAGCCACUGGCUGUCAAAAACUGAUCGAAGUUGAUGAUGAAAAGAAACUUCGGCCCUUCUAUGACAAGCGUAUGUCAGCUGAAGUGACGGCUGAAAACCUAGGAGAUGAGUGGAAGGGAUAUCUCCUUCGCAUCACCGGCGGCAAUGACAAGCAGGGCUUCCCUAUGAAACAGGGUGUCUUGACAAAUGGCCGUGUGCGAUUGCUCCUAUCCAAGGGCCACUCUUGCUUCCGACCCAGGAGGUCUGGCGAGCGCAAGAGGAAGUCUGUCCGUGGAUGCAUUGUUGAUGGACAACUCUCUGUACUCUCCAUGAUUAUCAUCAAGAAGGGUGAAAAAGAUAUCCCUGGCCUUACUGACAAGACCAUCCCCCGUCGUCUUGGACCCAAGAGAGCCAGCAAGAUCAGGAAGCUGUUCAACCUGUCCAAGGAAGAUGAUGUGAGACAAUAUGUCAUCCGCAGACCUCUGCCUGAGAAGGAAGGCAAGAAGGCCAAGACAAAGGCUCCUAAGAUCCAGCGGUUGGUCACCCCACUGGUGCUGCAGCACAAGAGACAUCGCAUGGCACUCAAGAAGAGGAGGAAUGCUAAGAAACGUGAGGAUGCUGCAGAGUAUGCUAAACUCUUGGCCCAGAGAAUGAAGGAAGCCAAGGAGCGCAAGAGGAGGAGAUCCUCCAACUCAAAGAGCAGGAGUGAAAGCAAAAGCGAAACUACCAGCAAAGAUACUAAGGCCAAGAAGUAAAUGACCUGUAAAAUAUGAAGGGGAAAUAAAAAAAAUUUGAAAAAAAGAUUGUCUUUUGUCAUUAAAACUAGGAUAAUAUGAUGGUUUAUUCAAGUUGUCAUAGACUGGCAACAGAAUAGGGUUGCUGCAGUUCACAGUACAGAGUGGAUGUGCUGGUAAUACGAGGACCAUCUGAUCAUGUUUGACACCCACAUUUGUUCUGAUAUGAUCUGCAGGCUCUGUUCAACAAAAUGGUCUUAGUGCUACAAAGCCAUGUAAAGGUAUAGGAGUUGCAAUCACCUUAGCACAAAGAUUGCUGUGUGGAACCAGGCCCUACUUUGUUACCAUAAUACCUGCGUUUGUGAUUCACCAGUGUGGUAAACGUUCUCCCUGCUUACAUUUGUGCCAUCAAUGGAAGUGCAUUACAAUUAUUUGUUGCCUACUUCAUGUACACUGUCAAAUCCAACUUGUCCACAGCCCAUUUUGGACUAUUAGUUUAUGUAAUAUGGCUAGACUUUGGUAGAAAACUACUGGUUUUUCACUGGUAUUUGACUUACGGAGUAGUGUUUAUGUCCAUCCCUGGUUGAUGUUCUUUUUCUUAAGUAUCUUGUGAAAGGUGGCACUCAUUUAAAAAUCACAUUUAUCAGUUUUGUUUAAGUGGGAUGUAUAGCUUUCAAGUUGUAUGAAAAGAGGUUUGUGUGAUAAUUUAUAAUUGGCUUAUUAAGAUAGCUCCCAGGAGCAUGGUAACACACAAAGCAGCCAUUUUUUCUACAGAUGUUGGUAAAAUAGUAGUUAGGGACACAAACUUUGCGAUGAAUCUUUAAAAUCAGAUGGAACAUGCAUGCCAAGACAGGAACAUGACGUUGACCAAUCAGUUCUUUGGAAAUAAAAAUACUAUGUAAAAUUGA